AUGGAGGAGAGGGUUUUCGAGAAGCAUGUAAUCCUGAUCCAUGGGGAUCUCGGGACAAUGGAGAAGAUUGAGACAAUUUUGAACUCACAGCGAAUUGAACAAAGCAUAUUGGAUCGUAUGCACUACCUUCUGCCUAUACCAGGACUUUUUCACGUUAGAAUGGUAUGUGUCGAUGCAAUGAAUAGGAUUCAUGCGAAUGGGGAUAACUUACGAAGUGACCCAAAUGGACUCUACAAGCGCCUCUGUUUGCUCUUUCCGAACGACCUCGCCAAAUUGAACAAGGCUGUCCCUCCUUUCCGGAUGGUGAAUGACGGAUUAAACUAUAUCACCCAGUGUACCAUUCUUGAUGCGUGGGCAGAGAGUGUGGACGGUGAUCUUGAGGGAUUUGUUGCCUCCAAACCCACCUUGGAAGAGAUUGACCGACGUGCCGAGGAAAUCGAAAGGUUGCAUUUCAGAACCAAACAGAAUGCUAUGGACCAGCAGCAGCGGCAGGAUCAGGAUCAACGGAGGACAAACCAACUUUUGUUUAAUAGAGACACGAUGUACUACCACAUCCUCGUGCAUGCGAUGAACCACGGAAUGGUCGAUGUGAUAAUCGACGUUCUUUUGUUCUGGGUUCCAAUCUUCCAGGCAUGUGGAAAGCAUAAGUAUGCAACAUACCUUUCGAAUUUCAUCUUCAAACUACGACACUACCCGCUACCACUUCAAGAAGCCAUCAUGAGGAGCUGGCUCUGCAAUCCUGCAGGGAAAGGUGGCGGGUUUAGGGCAAUUGACUGGCUGGUCGAACUGAUGAAUCUUUAUACGAAGGUUGUCUACUCGGGGACGGGUUCUGGAAAAACAAUAGAGUACAUCAUUAGUCAGUCAUCGAUCAUUGAGGCUUAUAGGUCCUGCAUUGAAGACAUUGAAGAUGAUUACUACAUACCUGACAAAACCCUUCACCAUGCAAGCCCCGACAUGGGAUCCCGACUACUCGCUAUACGCCAAGAACUUCGUAAUCUUUGCCCUCACAAGUACAAGAGAGGACGCACUUCACCUACUUUGAUCAACGACCAUGUUCAGAAGGGCCUGGAGAUGUUCCAACAUGGGACGAUGUGGGCCUCUGUUAAUACAAAGCAAUCAGAAUCAAUGGAUGACACUUACGAGGUUGAGGCAGCGGACUUGGAUGUGUAG